CUCCAGGCUUGGAGAGAGCCGCCAGCGCGUUCCUGUGAAUGCAGUGAGGGUCAGAGGUCAGAUGUAAGAGGUGAGAACUGCAUCUGUGGAUCCAGGCCUCCAAACGUAGAUUCCACUCAUAAGCAGCUGAUGGUUUGAAUUCCCCGUCGUUCAAGUCCUUUAAGCCAGUCACAGCCCACUCGGUUGUGAAUAAUUUCUAUGAACGUGCCAGAUGAGUUUUUACGUGUCUCCUGGAUCCUGGCAACGAAGAUGCCUGGUCGAUUUGUUCCAGCCCGGUCACGUUGUGAAGAUUUGUGCACCUAUGGUGCGAUAUUCAAAGUUGGCAUUUCGAUCACUUGUCAGGAAGUAUGACUGUGAACUGUGUUUUACCCCAAUGAUCGUUGCAUCUGCCUUCCUGAGAUCUGGCAAGGCUAGAGAUAGUGAAUUCACAACAAGUUGUGUUGACCGUCCUCUGGUUGUGCAGUUUGCUGCCAAUCGAUCACAGGAUCUAGCUGAUGCUGCCUGUAUAGUUUCUCCAUUUGCAGAUGGUGUUGACUUGAAUUGUGGUUGUCCACAAAGGUGGGCAAUGGCAGAAGGAUAUGGUGCUUGCCUAAUAAAUAAACCAGAAUUGGUUCAGGACAUGGUGCGUCAGGUCAGGAAUCAAGUAGAAUAUCCUAAUUUUUCAGUCUCAAUUAAGAUAAGAAUACACAAAGAUCUAGCAAGAACUGUCGAUCUAUGUCGAAAAGUUGAAGCAACUGGAAUCUCUUGGAUCACUGUUCAUGGCAGAACAACAGAGGAACGACAUCAACCAGUGCACUAUGAUACAAUCAAAAUUAUUAAGGAAAAUUUAAAUAUACCAGUAGUAGCAAAUGGAGACAUAAGGAGCCAUAAAGAUAUUGAUUAUGUGCAUGAGUUGACAGGAAUUGAUGGUAAGGAUAAAAUGACAUUGCAGUGGGUUGCUGUUGCAUCUUUCUUGUAUGCAGAAAUAGGUUUCAUUUUGUUCCUAUGUCUACCGUUCAUCUCCCCUCGAAGAUGGUUAAAAGUUUUCAAUUUCCGUUUGUGGGAGAAAAUUGCUACCUACUGGAAUAGAGCAUUUCUCACUAUAAUUGUAGUGUUGGUUGUCUUGUUUUUUGAUGCCAUUAGAGAGGUGAGGAAGUACUCAAUGAGCCAGGCGAUUGGAAAGACUGAAAAGAUGCUUCCAAAUAUGUAUGAUCAUCUCAACAUGAAGCUUUUUAGGGCACAAAGGAAUCUGUACAUAUCUGGAUUUUCACUGUUUCUUUGGCUUGUCCUUAGACGUAUGAUCACUCUUAUCUCAGAAUUGGCAAUUGCAAUGGGAGAAAGUCAGGCACUUCAAGUUCAAACUGAUAAUACCAAUAAUGCUGCCAAGAGGUACAUGGAGGAAAAUGAAGAAUUGAAAAAGGCUUUAACUAGAGGUAAAGAUGAUGGAACUAAGAAAUUGGAAGAGGAAAAUAAUCAGCUGAUUAACAACAUCAAGGAAUUAAAGGCUGAAUUAAAGAAAACCACAGAAGCCCUUGAGAAAUCAAAGAUUGAAAUGGCUUCAAUCAAAAAACAAUAUGAUGGACUGACGAGGGAAUAUGACCGUCUUCUGCAGGAGCAUGACAAGAUGCAGAGUCUUGUUGACACCACUGAUAAGAAGAGCAACUAAACUGCAAAAAGUAUUCCCUGGUGCCUUUGGAUAUCAUCUGUAACAACAGGAUAUUUGUAUUUGUUUUGUUUCCUUAACAGCACAAUGAAGCUAAAAGUGAAAUGAGUCACUAUUCAUAAACAAAGUAAAUUGAUGGUUAUUUUCAGGUUAUUCUGCAUCAUUCCAUUAAUACAUCAAAAAUGGGAAUAUGGGUGAUACAAAGAUUGAAAUAUGGCUCAAUCACAUUUGAUGUCUGCUAGAAAUGCAGUGAAUCUGCAUAUAAGUGUGCAUUUACAUAUCUGAUCUUGAGGUAACAUUUUCAUACAGUUGUUUUCCCAAGUUGAGUUUCCUAAUAUCAUAUUUGAGAUGCCAUCCCUUUUUAAAUUCUAAUUACCCAAAUCCAAUGCCAUAUAUAGGACCCAAUCAAAUGUCUUCAUGCAUGAAGUUUUAGCCAAAGGGGUGUGUGUACAUGCCAUUAUCCUGAUUUCCUCCACUUUGUUUGGACCGACAUUUUGUACACCACAAGCCUUGGGAAGAGGAGGACACCUUUUGUCCCUUUUUUACAAUGUUUCUGUAGAACUGUAACGAUAUUAUCAUCCACUAUAGUCCUGAGGUACCAUUGUGGAUCAUUGUUUGGGGUAGAUGGCUUUUAUGUUUUCCAAACAAUACCUUGUGAAUACAAUACCCUGUGCAGUACAAAAUCAUAAUACUAUAUUUGACACAUUUGCCACAUAUUUCUGCCCCCAGGACAUUGUUAAUGUUAUAUCUAGUAUGUUUGAGAAUGUCACUAUCUAAAGCAAUAGAUAGCAACAAGGCAAUCUUUUCAAGUUCCUUAACAUUCUUUAUUUGUUCCAUUCACAUAAAAUCUCCCAUUCUCCCCAGAAUAGAAAUGAGAAUCUGACGAAAGAUUGAAUUGACAAAUAAAUUACUUCAAACUUCUUUUGCAAUUUGUUUCGCAUGUUUUGGUAUGCAAAACUCUAGGCAUGCAAAAAGAUAUGUACUAUAUGAGCAGCUUAAAAUUAAAAGUAAUCUUUCUUGGGGCUUAUUGAUGGUAGUCAGGGGACAGUUUUGUUUAAUAAUCUGUGAGUUGAGGCAGCUUCUUGUGCUAGGCUUUGUCCUGAAACUUUUGGCAGAUAAUCCAGAAAUGAAUAUGAGAAAACAAAUAUCACUGUGAAAAUUUAGUUUGGAGUUCAAUCUCUUCAACUGAAAAGUCAGCAAUUGUAAUAAUGUGAACACAUAGUUAAUUUCCCUGUUGGAAUCAAUGUAUUAAACUUUUUUUAAAAAAAAUCUUUGUCAAUCCCAUUAACUAAUGUUACUUUCAUUGUUCCUAGAAGUUUAAAAUAUCUUGAUAGAAUUUUGUUUACCAAGUUCAGUUUACGGCUUCUUGCUGGGUGUAAAUAUAAAUUAAGAGAAUGCACUGAAAGGUACUUAUUAUCCUUUGGCACCACAUACUAUAACAGGUCAAACAAAAAACUGAUGUGUUGCUUUGACUGAAAUAUAAAAUCAGUAAAAUUAUAAAUUAUUUUCUUGAUGACUGAUGUAUAUACAAAUGGCCAAUAGGUUUCUGCAUGUCAAUUAAUUUGUUUUUUUUUUACAAUCUGCAUUUUCUUAUGCUCAUUCAAUAAAAAUCUAAAAUCAA